CACUUCAGCGUCGUUGGCUCGCGUUGUAUUGUCAUUGUCAAGUCAAGUGUCAUUGUUCGUCAAAAGAUAUUUUGUUUACUUCGGACAGUUUCACAUUUUAUUUAAUUUGUUGAUUUCCUUACCAAAUUCCAAUAAUUAUUCCCACGUUUCAAUCGAUCCGCAAAAAAUGACGUUAGGAGGUCUUGCUGCUCAAAAAUUGGGACAGAAACGAAGAAAUGAGAAACUAGCCGCAGCAUUUCCGAACGGUGCUCGAUGCCAGAAAUGCUUAGAAUACGGCCACUGGAGCUUCGAAUGCAAAGGAAAACGGAAGUUCGUGCAUCGUGAUUCGCGCACAAAAACGCUCAACAAGAAUAUCACCGAAAUGACUGAAAAAAAGAACCCCAAAUCCAGUGCACCACCAGCGAAAAAGGCCAAACAGAGUUCGAGUAGUGAUAGUGAUGACAGCAGCGAUUCCGAUUCGGAUGAUUCAGACUCCUCAUCGGAUAGUUCGGAUAGCUCAGAGGACAGCAGUUCGUCAUCGUCGUCAUCGGAUUCCGGGUCAAGUUCAAACAGCGAUUCAGAAUCAUCGGAUUCGAAUUGAAAAUUUGAUUAUUUUUUGGUCGCCUAAUUUUGAUGUGUGUGAGAAAGUGUAAAUUUUAUGAAAAUAUUUUACUCAAACUUUGGUUUAUUCCGUAGCCGAUUUUGUUGUAAUUUCUGAACUAAACCUUUGAUUGGUAAAAUUUUAGAGAAUAAGUUUGAUGAACAAAAUGUUCAUUUGACGGCUGGGAAGGUGUUUUUAAAUUGUAAUUUAGUUGUCGAUUGUUUAGUCGAAUAAAUUGAGCAUACAAUUUCA